AUGCGACCAGCCAACAUCGCUACGAUGGUUUUUCGACGAUGCCAGCAACACCUGCCGUUCGUUUCUCUUUCGUGGCUGCGGUGGAAACGCGAACAACUUCCCUGUACAGCAAAUGUGCAUGGAGUAAUUGCUCUAGGCCAGGUAUUGCAAACAGGAGGCGAAGUGCGUUACUGUUGUCCGUCACAGCAACAUAUCUGCAAGCAGCAACCUGACAUUGGAGACGACUGUGGGCAAAGUGUUCUGAGAAGUGUGCCCGAACGGUUUUCUGCCUUUUAUCAGUCAUCGUUCACUCCAACCGAUGACAUGUCGCGGCAACCGUCAGACUAUGUGUCCCGUUGGAUUCCACUGCCUCUCGCACACAGCAAAGAGACGCCAUUAUUGCUGCGGAAAAGAGAAAGACAAAGGUGCUAUGCUUACACGCCAAGGUCUCUGUGGGCACAGACAAGUGUAGCUCAUUUGGCUAAAGCUCUGCACGAGGCUAGUCAUCAGGCUGAUACUUGUCCGUUUGGAUCGCGACUAAUUCGCCUUCGCACCGGUGAUCCUUUCGGAUGUAACCACGACAAACACUGUCCGAACAGAGCGAAAUGCCACAAAUCCAGCAAUUUCCAGUCUGGGAUUUGUUGCAAAGCUGUCUACAAGGAUAUUCGACACUCACACGAUACUACUGAAGAUUUCGUGGAAACAUCGGAUUGCCCACCCACACAUGAACCUGAAAAGAACUCGGCAGGUGUCCAAUGUUCACCGCUCAAUCCGCAAUCCUGUGCCUCAACUAAUUCUUUUUGUACAUUUUCCGAAAAGCAAAAAAGAUUUGUAUGUUGUCAAGAACGUAUGACCAGACUCGAUUCAUUUGUGUGCUUCACAAGUUGUGAAAGUAGUGAUAGAUGA